GAAGAAUAAGUUGCCCUUAGUUAUGGAACAAACAGUGUCAGUUUUAUUUUUUAAUAUAUUUUUAUACUGCUAUCAGAGUUUGGGGGGACACAAAGGUCCUAUCUGAAGCUAUACCACUCAAAAAUGUGUAGGUCUAUAUAGUUUUUGGAGAAGACUGGAACUAAACAAGGAAAGGUGAGGAAACUCAUGGUCAAUCUUGUGAUGUCAGCUAAAGUUAUAGUUAAUUAGUGGAUGUGAAGAGGAGGAGGAAUGAGUGCUUCAGAGUAACAUAUUUAAUAACAAGGGAAGCAGGCCUAGAAAGAUUCUGAUUAGGUGAGAUGUGGAAUAAUAAGCUGAUGAACGUGACAUAAACAGACACGUGACCUGAACACCCGCUUUCACUACACAGAGCACACCGCCCUCUACCGGCUAAAACAAGAAUAAUCUGCUGUGGCUCCUAAAUGCGUUAUCCGUGUCAUAUAAACAUGUUUGUUUGGAGUUUAUCAGAACAUUGCACUGAUUUGACUUAUUAACUGUAAACUUUGACCUUAUUGAUGAUUAAACUCAACCAUUAAAACACAAAGCAGUGUCGACGUGCCGCUCUCGCGUUGCUACAGGCAAAAGUAAAAGUAAAGGAAAGCUGAUGUUUCGCCAUUUUAAACAGACUUUAAAAAUUCCUUCCAAUUUAAAAUAUUGUUAAUUUUUUCGUAUAAACUUUUAUAAAACCUUAGACAGGAAUUUAUGUGUAGCGUGAUGAAGAGAUUGAGGAGUUUGUGAAUCGGGUGCUCUGUAGAUUUUGAUGAAGGUGAUUGUUCACGUCACCCUUUACAGAGUCAGAGGACUGUUUUAACUGUUCAGCUUCAUUAUGGAUGACACACAAACAUCCAGAGAUGAAGAUUUUUCUCCAGGAUACAGUUCAGUUCAGCAGAAGAGAUCAGAGCCAGAGCCCAGCUGUGUGUCUAUGAGGAGUGACGGGUCUAUGGAUCAUCCAGAACAUUUUAAGAAUGACGAUACACAGACUGAUCUCAGUUUGAGUGAUUGUGGAGUCACAGAGAAAGAUUGUGCUGCUCUGACUUCAGUUCUGACAUCAAACCCCUCACAGCUGAGGGAACUGAAUCUGAAUAAUAAAAAACUACAUGAUUCAGGUGUGAAGCUUCUCUCUGUUGUACUGGAAGAUCCUGACUGUAAACUGGAGAAACUCUGGUUGAUGAAUUGUGGAGUCACAGAUGAAGGUUGUGCUGCUCUGGCUUCAGCUCUGAGAUCAAACCCCUCACACCUGAGAGAACUUGAUCUGACUGGGAAUAAACUAGGAGAUUCAGUUCAUCUGCUCUCUGCUGUACUGGAGGAUCCUCAUUGUAAACUGGAGAUACUGAAGUUAGGUGGUUGUGGAGUCACAGAUGAAGGUAGUGCUGCUCUGGCUUCAGCUCUGAGAUCAAACCCCUCACACCUGAGAGAACUGAAUCUGACUGGGAAUAAACUAGGAGAUUCAGUUCAUCUGCUCUCUGCUGUACUGGAGGAUCCUCACUGUAAACUGGAGAUACUGUGGUUGAGUUGUUGUGGAGUCACAGAUGAAGGUUUUGCUGCUCUGGCCUCAGCUCUGAGAUCAAACCCCUCACACCUGAGACAACUGGAUCUGUCUUUGAAUAAAGUAGGAGAUUCAGUUCAUCUGCUCUCUGCUGUACUGGAGGAUCCUCACUGUAAACUGGAGAUACUGAGGUUGGUGUACUGUGGAGUCACAGAUGAAGGUUGUGCUGCUCUGGCUUCAGCUCUGAGAUCAAACCCCUCGCACCUGAGACAACUGAAUCUGUAUGGGAAUAAACUAGGAGAUUCAUACGUGAAGCUUCUCUCUGAUCUAAAUAAUGAUCCAUGUUAUAAACUGGAGACACUAGAUCACAACUGACUCUCAGUAUUCAGGCGUCAGUCCAGUUUCCUCAGGAUCAGCUGAUGGUGAAUAAGGAGCCGCUACAGAGACGUCACAGUCAACAGAGACUGAAGACACAGAGACUCACAGAGAUCACUGUCAUGUGUGUGACUUCACUGCAGUUUCUUGUUUGUAACUUUUUCUAGGUCUGAUCUUUUCAAUUGCAGAUGUCUUCAGAUUUCCACAAUGAUCUAAUAAAGGAUUUGAACUCAAUGAUAAAUAAUGUAAGAUUCUUCUAUUUGUGA